AGAUGGCACUUUCUCUCUACUCCUUUGGUGAUUUGAACGACUCGGUCUCCAUGACUCCUCUGAACGUCACGUUGACCGAGGACCCGCCGCGUGUGUCCUCCAACAUCAGCGACACCAACAAGGCUGCAGGCAGGGACACCACCAACCUCAUCACCGCCGUCUGCAUCACGGCUCUGUACUCUCUGAUCUGCGCGGUGGGACUGCUUGGGAACAUCCUGGUAAUGUUCGGAGUGGUCAGGUACAUCAAGCUGAAGACCGCCACCAACAUCUACAUCUUCAACCUGGCUCUCGCCGACGCUCUCGCCACCAGCACCCUCCCAUUUCAGAGUGCCAAGUACCUGAUGGGCACGUGGCCCUUCGGGGAGGCGCUGUGCAAGGUGGUCAUCGCCAUCGACUACUACAACAUGUUCACCAGCAUCUUCACGCUCACCAUGAUGAGCGUGGACCGCUACAUCGCCGUCUGUCAUCCGGUGAGAGCCCUGGACUUCCGCACGCCCGCCAAAGCCAAGCUCAUCAACGUGUGCAUCUGGAUCCUCUCCUCUGCCGUCGCCGUGCCUGUGAUGAUCAUGGGCGUCACCAAGGUGACGUCUCAAGGAACCACUUCGUGCGAACUCAGAUUCCCCAAACCGGAGCGGGAUUGGGACACAGUUUUGAAAAUCUGCGUGUUCAUUUUUGCCUUCGUGGUUCCCGUCCUGGUCAUCACCAUCUGCUAUGGUCUGAUGAUCCUGCGGCUCAAGAGUGUGCGUCUGCUCUCCGGCUCCAAAGAGAAGGACAGGAACAUGCGGCGGAUCACCCGCAUGGUCCUAGUGGUCGUGGCCGCCUUCAUCGUCUGCUGGACUCCCAUCCACAUCUUCAUCAUUGUCAAGACCAUGGUGGACAUUGACCGCAAUAACCUCCUCGUGGAGGCCAGCUGGCACCUGUGCAUCGCGUUGGGCUACACCAACAGCAGCCUCAACCCUGUGCUGUACGCCUUCCUGGAUGAGAACUUCAAAAGGUGCUUCAGGGAUUUCUGCCUUCCCUACCGCCCCCCCCUGGAGCAGAGCAGCUUCUCCAGGGCGCGCAAUAGCACAAAGGAACCUUUGUCUGUCUGUGCUCCCGCAACAGCACAGAGACCGUCGGCCUGACUAGGCAUGGAUCAGUGGGGCGGGGGGCAAGUUCAGGAUGACCUCCAGACGGAGGUCACACAGUUCUCCACCACAGGAGUCUGAGUAAGCAGAUGAUCAGCUAUUAUUGUAAAGUAUCGUUGGUGUUUCUUUUCUAUUUUGACACAAUUGUCUAAGGGUUGUCAUUCCCAAUGAUGAGUGUGCACAAGGAUACAACGGUACGUCCUUAGAGUGUGUAUAUACAUAAGUGCAUAUACAAUGCAACCCUAUGAACAAACACACACGCGCAGUGCAGUCCAACUGCAUUGGUGUAGUGGUGUGUUGUAUUGUGUUGUCUGCGCAACAUUAAGCAGGAGGUUCAAGUGCUGACUCUGAGCUUUAAGGGUGUUUAAAGGUGAUCAUAUUGUCAGUCGGGACGUAGAUCCUAAACAGAGAAGGUCCAGUGGAGUCUUUUCAUGACCAAAAUGUUCUGUAGGGUUUUAUUGGCAGUGAAGUCAGUGAUGUGACCCUAAUCCAAGAGAUCAUGUGUUUCAAACUGUCUAAAAUACCAUUCAGCAGCAAGAAGUAUUCCUGUUUCUGGCUUCUCAGAAGAAGAUAGUUGUGUAUUCACCCUUCCUUUAUUGGCUUUGGUAGCCAUCAACUCUUGAGGGAAAUAACAGCAUCUUUAGCUGCUAAAUGCUACUCUACACUCGCUAGUAGCUGUCUGGUGUUGCGUACGGUCAAGCCUUAGACCUUUGAUGAAAACGAUUACAUGGACAAAAAAACUAAAACAAUAAUCUGAAAGACGCGAUGGGAAAUAAUUACAGACAAAAGCCUCCCUCAAAAUCAAGAACAAUUUUCAACUUGAAUGAAUGUUUCAGGGUCAUUUUCUCCACAUUCAUCCAUCUGAUACUUACUGAUAUUGAUGUCAGGUGAAAGACGCCUUUAAUAUCAGGAAAAUGCGGCCUGUACGAUUAAGAAGGGAGGGCUGAGCUUCCUGCGUUUGUUCACCGUGAACAUCAUUAUCAUUAAUCAGCUGACUCAUUGUGCUCCUCCGGCAGCAGGGCUGCUUGUUGUUUUGUAAAGCGUUCCCCAAAACGUUGUGCUGACAGUAAAGUGAAGCCCUGAAGGGGAAUGUGGCGCCGCGGGUUCAACUCAUAGUUGACUGAAUGACCUCAAACUGGCAUUGAAGCGAUACUAUUUACUCAAACACGUUAACACGUUAGGAACUAUUACGGCUAAUGGACAAGUUUUCACUGAAGAUCUUGCAGUAUGACAGUAGAGAAGGGAGAAGACAUUACAGUCAAACUGAAGUCUCUAAUCUUUCAAAAAGCAUCUCUAUAUAAAGGAUAACGAUAGUAUUGUUCUGUAACAGCAUAUGAAGUGGUGAUGUGAUUUAUUUUGUUUCAAUGUGCUGUCAAGCUGUUGUAUCAUUAAGCUACCCUUGAUUUAUUAGUACAAAAUAAUGUAAUAGAUCUAUGUAUCUACACUAAGUGCUAUAAACGUCAGGUGAAGGAUUCAAAAUGCAGCAUGGUUGACAAUAUAUCCAUCAGAUUUAAAAUAUCUAUCGUAAAAAUAAAGCUUAAUUCAGCUCCAUGUUCUUUUUGCAGUGGGAAAAAUGCUUGAAUGUUAUAUGUUUUCAAAUGUUGUGUUUCCGCAGAUAGAGUAUAUAAAGAACAUUAUAUAAGUGU